UAAUAUGUAUCGUGGAUAGAGAAGCAGUAUGAGUGCAAUCAUAAUAUGAUAGGAUAUGUCAAGACAAUGUUGGGCUAUUAUUUCAGCCAAUGAAUGCCAGAAUCGUUGAUUUUUGGUGUGAAACCCAAGCCUCAAACUCAAAUACAGUCGGUCGAGGAUCGAGUCGUGGGGUGGCAUCCUCUCUCUCCGUCCUCACUUUCCAGAAAAAGCAACUCCUUUCUCAUAGUCGGUGGAGAUGAGAAGAAUAACGGGAAAGGCAAGGGAUGACAUUUUGAUCGAAAUGAAGAGCGCAAUGGACUCCCAGAUUGGAGCAGCACUUUGUUAAGCAGACCAACCCCUUUGUCCUGUGUCUCUCCUCUGAAGAAGAGGGCCCUGCUGUGCUGACCGCAUUCAGGAUGAAACUAUUAACAGAGGAAUGUAAUGGCCACAGUCUUAAUAACUUUGUAGAGGACGGAGGUACACAGCUACCUGGACAGACAGAGACGGACAGACUACAGCAGAACAAAGACACUGUGUUCUUCAGGGACGGGGUUCGCAGGAUUGACUUCAUACUGUCGUACCUAGAUGACAAGGAUGGAGAGAAGAAGCAGGAGAGGAGGAGGGAGUUUGAGGCCAACCUUAAGAAGGCUGGACUGGAGCUUGAGACUGAGGACAAAUCGGACUCGGAUGAUCUGAAAACAUACUUCCUGAAGAUCCACGCCCCGUGGGAGGUGUUGGCCACCUACGCUGACGUGCUGAAGAUCAAGGUUCCCUUUAAGGAAAGCGACAUCCCCCACGGACAGGACGUUCCACUGGAGUGGCUCUCCCGACCGUUCCGCCUGCCAGAGAAGGUGAUGCGCCCACAGCCUGACUACUUCACCUCUCCAUUUGAUAAGGACAAGAUAGACUUCUUCCUCAUCAAAAACCAAGACACCUUCUUCCCCCCCUCCACACGCAACAGAAUAGUGUACUACAUCCUGUCUCGCUGUCCGUACCAUAAAGAGGACCUCAAGGAGACAGACAAGAAAGGUAUCAAGCGGUUGCUGAACAACGGGACCUACACCUCAGCCUUCCCACUUCAUGAUUGUCGAUACUGGGAGAGGAACACAAAUGAGCAGUGUGAGAGCGAACGCUACCACCUCUAUAAGAAUUGGGCUAGGUUCCUCUGUUUCUACAAGGAGCAGCCCCUCAACCUCAUCAGGAAGUAUUAUGGGGAGAAGAUUGGGAUCUACUUUGCCUGGCUGGGCUUCUACACAGAGAUGUUGUUCUUUGCUGCGGUCAUGGGUGUCAUAUGUUUUACCUAUGGUGUGCUAAGCUAUGAUGACAAUUUAACAAGUAAGGAGAUCUGUGACCCCAGCAUUGGAGGGAGUAUUGUGAUGUGUCCGCUGUGUGAUAAGAAGUGUAGUUACUGGAAGCUCAACUCCACGUGCCUCUCAUCCUGGCAAUCCCAUCUGUUUGAUAACGAGGGGACCGUGUUCUUUGCCAUGUUUAUGGGGAUCUGGGUGACUCUGUUCCUGGAGUUCUGGAAGCGGCGCCAGGCCCAGUUGGAGUAUGAGUGGGACCUGGUGGAUUUCGAGGAGGAGCAGCAGCAGCUCCAGAUCCGCCCGGAGUUUGAGACCAAGUGCACUGACCAGAGACUCAACCGGAUCACCGAGGAAAUGGAGCCAUACCUACCCCUCCCCAAAAAGUGUGGUCGCUUUUGUCUCUCCGGGGUUACUGUUCUGUUCUGGAUGCUUCUGAUUGUGGCCUGUAUCACUGGGGUGAUAGUCUACAGGCUGGCUGUGUAUGCAGCCUUCGCCAGCAUCAUGAAGGACAGCCCCACUAAGAAGAUCCAUCUGGUGGGCUCUCUCAUCACCCCGCAGCUCGCUACCUCUGUCACCGCCUCCUUUAUCAACUUUGUCAUCAUUAUGAUCCUUAACUUCUUCUAUGAGCGAGUGGCCAUCUGGAUCACUGAUAUGGAAAUUCCCAAGACACAUCUGGAGUAUGAAAACAAGUUGACAAUGAAGAUGUUCCUCUUCCAGUUUGUCAACUACUAUUCUUCAUGUUUCUACGUGGCCUUCUUCAAGGGCAAGUUUGUGGGUUACCCAGGCAACUACACGUACAUGUUUGGCAAAUACAGCAGGCUGAGAAACGAGGAGUGUGACCCAGGAGGCUGUCUGAUUGAGCUGACCACACAGCUGGUGAUUGUCAUGACAGGGAAGCAGGUGUGUGGGAACAUCCAGGAGGCCCUACUGCCGCUGCUGAGGAACUGGUGGUGCAGCAGGAAGGCCCGGAAAGACCAGUACAGCCGCUGGGAGCAGGACCACGACCUGCAGAACUUCAGCCAGCUGGGCCUGUUCUAUGAGUACCUGGAGAUGGUAAUCCAGUUUGGCUUCAUCACUCUAUUUGUGGCCUCUUUCCCCCUGGCCCCCCUGCUGGCCCUCUGUAACAACAUCCUGGAGGUCAGAGUGGACUCCUGGAAGUUCACCACCCAAUUCCGCCGGCCUGUGGCAGCCAAGGCCCACAACAUCGGAGCAUGGCAGGAGAUCCUCAAUGUGGUGGCCAUCUUGUCCGUUGUCACCAAUGCAUUCAUCAUGGCCUUUACUUCAGACAUGAUCCCCCGCCUGGUCUACCUGUAUGCCUACCACCCUGGCUCUGAGGCCACCAUGAGUGGCUACAUCAACAACAGCCUGUCAGUGUAUGACAUCUCCCAGAUCCCUCUCCUCAGUACGCCCGAGGAGGGGGCGAUUCCUGCCUGGUUCAACAGCUCCUUCAUCACCACCUGCAGGUACCGUGACUACCGCUACCCUCCACGCCACCAGAGGCAGUACUCCCACACUAUGCAAUUCUGGCACAUCCUGGCAGCCAAACUGGCCUUCAUCAUUAUCAUGGAGCACGUGGUGUUUGUGGUGAAGUUCUUUGUGGCCUGGCUGAUACCGGAUGUGCCAUCCGAGGUGAAGGCUCGGAUCAAACGGGAACGUUACCUCAUCCAGGAAUACCUGCACAACUACGAGGUUGAGAAGCUCAAGAUCCAGCUGAGUCAGAGUUUUAUCAUUGAACCCAACCCUGAGGUCUGCACUGCCACCGACAAGCAUGACAUGUUAUCAGAGUGCCUGUAGGCCCCCAAUCAAUAAACUCACACCCACCAGGGUGUUGCUGUGAAGUCUCCUCCACUGAAGGCAAACAGAAGUACAGUAAAGGGCUUCUGUCAGUGGGGCAAUCCUAUCAACUGUUUCUCUAUGUUUUGUUGUUUGUUCAUUUUCUAAUGAGCAGCUAGCAGAUUUCAACCUUUUCGCCUAUAUUAGGACUUUCAUUGGAGGAAGGGACGGAUUAAUUUGAUCGAUGGCCACAUCUCGUCCUCUUUUCUCAGCGUCCAAUGCUGUUGCAAUGCAAGCUCCUAUUGUUCAGCUUGCUUCAUAUCUUCUGUGCAAUGAGGUUUCUUGCAACUGUUUCAGUCAUUCAGUGCCAGUGUUGAUCGUGAUGGGAUAUUAUGGAAUCCUACAAAAGUAUGUGCCAACUUGUUAAAUGCUAUUGGGAUUCAUGAUAUUGUACCAGACAAUGUACAGCUUCUUGAAAAAAAUGUCAUCUAAUGCUCACUUUAUCUACAAUGUCAUAAUAUGUUACUAACAAAUGUCCAGCAAAGACUGCCAAAGAUAUCCCAUGGCUUUUAUCAGCAGCUAUCUAAUAAAUUACCUUUAAAGAAAUAUGCAUGUUUGAUAGAAUGUAACAUAUAAAAAUCGAAUUUUUUUGCCUUCAAAUGUUGGCAUGUUAUCUGCUUCAAUUUGGCUCUAGCUGGGCUACAUUGAAUGUGAUGUGUUUUCCUUGCGUUACUGACAUGUAUGAGAUAUUUUCAUGGGAGUCGAUGCAAAAACUGUAAAUUAAAGGCCCAAUGCAGCCGUUUUU